CCCGCCUUCGGCAGCGCCGCGCCGCUCCGCUCCGCUCCGCUCCCUGCCCGGCCGCCACGGCUCGGCCUUCGGCGGCCCGGUGCUGAGAGCUGAUGCAUUGGCUUCUCAGCAGCUUUGGUGCUACAAGUGACGUGAAUACUGUGGAGACAGUAGAAGCGAGCAGCUCUGGAUAACGUCUUGGGUUCCUUUGCACGUACAUAGAAUAAAGUGCAGCUAGCGAGCCAGAAGACAGGAAGUUACAGAAGAAAAAGAUUGCUCAGAAAAGCAGAAAGGAUGUAGUACGUUAAGCUGGAGGUUUUUAAGAGACUGUAUCCAUCCAGGAUCGAAAGGGCUGAUGCUGUUCCUGCAGGAGGGUACUUUCAAGUUGUGAUUUGGUACAUGCUUGUUCCUACACCACUGUUAGGAUGAUGAUCUGCAGAGAUUGGUGUUCCCCUCGAGAAGCUGGUCAUUUUACUCUGCCCUGCAUUGGAGUGGUCAGCUGAAAGAGAUGUAUAUGGGCUGCGUGUGCCGUGCGGAAAGCUUGUAAGGGAAAUCAACAUAUGAUCUCAACAACAACAGCUGAGAAGCGCAAUUAAGGACAUUACUCAGAGACAUUGCAGCAAACUUCGAUGGAGCAUGAAGAAGGCUCGGAAGUUCACAUCUGCCUUGAGUGAAGUGUGACAAAAAAUGCUACAGCGGUUUUGUCUCUGGAAGUGGUUAGCUGUAGGGAUUGCACUUGCUACUGUCUUAGUGGGUUCCUUGGCCCAGAACGAUGAAGACUGGCAAUAUGAGGAUUGCAAAUUGGCCAGAACAGGUCCUCCAGCCACAAUAGUUCCUAUCGAUGAAGAGAGUCGUAACGGCACUAUCCUGGUUGACAAUAUGCUGAUCAAAGGGACAGCAGGAGGCCCAGACCCCACCAUUGAACUCUCCUUAAAGGACAAUGUGGAUUACUGGGUGAUCCUCGAUCCCAUCAGCCAGAGGUUGUACCUAAACAGCACUGGCCGAGUUCUGGACAGGGACCCGCCACUGUCCAUUCAAUCCAUUGUGGUGCAAGUCCAGUGCGUUAAUAAAAAGGUUGGCACCAUUAUCAACCAUGAGGUGCGGAUUGUGGUGAGAGACAGGAAUGAUAACUCACCUCGGUUCCAGCAGCAGCAAUACUACGUGGCAGUAAAUGAGUUAACUCCAGUUGGAACAACCAUCUUUACAGGGUUUUCUGGAAACAACGGUGCUACUGACAUUGAUGAUGGUCCAAAUGGCCAGAUAGAAUAUGUCAUCCAGUACAAUCCUAAUGAUAAGACUUCCAACAGGACCUUUGAUAUUCCUCUCACGUUGUCUGGAGCAGUAGUUCUACGAGAGAGACUAAAUUAUGAAGAAAAGACUCGUUAUUUUGUCAUUGUUCAAGCAAAUGACCGAGCCCAGAAUCUUAAUGAGCGACGGACAAGUACAACCACCCUCACAGUGGACGUGCUCGAUGGGGACGAUUUGGGACCGAUGUUUCUUCCUUGUGUCUUGGUGAAUAAUACCCGUGACUGUAGACCUCUCACCUACCAAGCGAGCUUGCCAGAACUGACUGAUCCUGCAUAUGUGAACCCUAUCAGUGUCACUCCACCCAUACAAGCCAUAGAUCAAGACCGAAACAUCCAGCCUCCUUCUGAUCGACCGGGCAUCCUCUAUUCCAUCCUAGUUGGUACUCCUGAGGAUUAUCCACAGUAUUUCCAUAUGAAUCUCACAACAGCUGAACUCACUCUCCUAAAACAAAUAAACAGAGAUUUGCACCAGAAGUUUGACUUGGUUAUUAAGGCUGAACAAGACAACGGUCAUCCUCUUCCUGCCUUUGCCAAUUUGCAUAUUGAAGUCCUUGAUGAGAACAAUCAGAAGCCUUACUUUACAAAGUCUACGUACGAGGGCUUUAUCCUUGAAUCCUCCCCAGUGGGAACAACGAUCUCUGAUAGCCAGAAUCUGACUUCUCCAUUACAAAUCACAGUGUUGGACAAUGAUGUGGAGGAGACCAAGGAUCCCCAGCUCCACCUCUUCCUGAAUGAUUACAAUACGUUUUUCACUGUGACUCAGAGUGGCAUCACCCGCUACCUCACCCUGCUGCAGCCUGUUGACAGAGAAGCCCAGCAGAUAUACACCUUCUCGAUGACAGCUUCUGAUGGCGUACAGGAGAGUGCCCCAGUGACAGUCAAUAUCCUGGUGAUUGAUGCAAAUGAUAAUUCCCCAACCUUCUCCAAUAUAUCAUACAAUGUCAAGAUUUAUACAGAUAUGAGGCCUGGGGAAGGCGUAAUAAAGCUCACUGCUGUAGAUGCGGACGAGGGACCCAAUGGACAGAUAGUGUAUGAAAUUUUGGCUGGGGAUCAGGGAGACUUCAUCAUCAAUGACCGAACAGGCCUUAUCACCAUUGCUCCAGGAGUUGUACUGUCAGUGGGGCGAUCCUAUGCUCUCACUGUCAAAGCAUCUGAUAGUGCUCCUCCUGCGCAGAGAAGGAGCUCUAUUACUACUGUUUACAUCGAGGUCCUCCCGCCCAACAACCAGAGCCCUCCCCGCUUUCCCCAGCUGAUGUACAGCCUUGAAGUCAGUGAGGCCAUGAGAAUAGGAGCAGUUUUGUUAAACCUGCAGGCUUUUGAUAGAGAGGGUGACCCUAUAAGAUACCUCAUUCAGAAUGGAGAUCCUCAACAAGUUUUUAAUCUCUCUCAAAGUUCUGGACUGCUAGCCUUAGGAAAGCCGUUGACAGAGAAAGCACUGAUGCUAUAUCUGAUUGUUACAGCCUCGGAUGGCAGACCAGAUGGGACUUCAACUGCUACUGUUAAUAUAGUGGUGACGGAUGUAAAUGACAAUGGACCAAUUUUUGAUAUGUUUCUACCUAAAAACCUGUCUGUACAGGAAGAGGAAGCCAAUGCUUUUGUUGGUCAAGUAAGGGCUACCGACCCAGAUGCAGGUGUUAAUGGUCAAGUUCAUUAUAGUUUGGCAAAUUUCAACAAUCUUUUCCGAAUCACAUCAAAUGGUAGCAUUUACACAGCAGUUAAACUGAACAGAGAAGUAAGAGACUAUUAUGAACUUACCGUUGAAGCAACAGAUGGAGCUGUGGACCCCCGCCGUUCAACACUAACUUUAGCAAUCAAGGUGCUGGAUAUUGAUGACAACAGCCCUGUCUUUAAUAAUGCUUCCUAUACUGUCUGUGUGCCUGAAAAUCUACCACCUGGCACUGUCUUCCUGCAGAUAGAGGCGAAGGAUGUUGAUCUUGGUUCUAAUGUUACCUAUCGAAUACGGACGCAGGAAGCACUACAGUAUUUUGCACUGAACAAGUACACGGGCGAGUUGUCACUUCUGAAGUCCUUGGAUUACGAGUCAUUCUCCGACACAGAAGCAACUUUCACCUUUCUUGUGGAAGCCUUCGAUAGCAAGGGCACUAUGCCUCCUGGUAUUGCUACUGUCACAGUGAGAGUAAAGGAUAUGAAUGAUUACUCGCCGGUAUUUAGCAAAAAGCUCUACAGGGGAAUGGUUGCUCCUGAUGCAGUCAAGGGCACUGUUAUCACUACUGUUUCAGCUGAGGAUCAAGAUCCUCCGGGCACACCAGCAAGUCGAGUCCGAUACAAAGUAGAUGUUGUCCAGUUCCCUUACAGUGCCAGCAUUUUUGACGUGGAGGAAACUUCAGGGCGUGUAGUAACCCGGGUAAACCUAAAUGAAGAGCCAAGUACGGUGUUUAAGCUAGUGGUCAUUGCAUAUGAUGAUGGAGAUCCUGUGAAGUCCAACACCACUACUGUAGAAAUUGCUGUACUGCAGCCUUCAGUAAUUCCUCGAUUUACACAGGAUGAAUACAGACCCCCACCAGUGAGUGAAAGCGCACCAAAAGGAACUGUGGUCGCUGUUGUAACGGCAGCUGCCUUGAACCAGACUAUUGUAUAUUCAAUUGUUUCAGGAAAUGAAGAAGAUGUGUUUGCUAUUAAUAACAGAACGGGUGUGAUCUCAGUUAAAAAGUCUCUGGAUUAUGAAAGUGUAAAAAGUUAUGAACUUCGAGUUCAAGCAGACUCAUUACAAGUGGUACGAUCCAAUCUGCGUGUCCCUUCCAAAAGUAAUACAGCCAAGGUAUUCAUUGAAGUGAAGGAUGAAAAUGACCACGCGCCUGUCUUUACCAAAAAAAUGUACAUUGGAGGUGUCUCUGAAGAUGCUAAAAUGUUUUCUUCUGUGCUUAAAGUUAAGGCUGAUGAUAAAGACACUGGGAAUUACAGUGCCAUGCAGUACAGGCUCAUCAUUCCUCCAAUCAAGGAUGGUAAAGAAGGUUUUGUGAUUGAAGCUUACACAGGGCUAAUAAAAACUGCUAUGCUGCUCAAAAAUAUGAGAAGAUCCUAUUUCAAGUUUCAGGUCAUUGCAACUGACAAUUAUGGAAAAGGACUGAGCAGCAAAGCAGAUGUACUUGUCUCUGUGGUCAAUCAGUUGGAUAUGCAAGUCAUCGUCUCUAAUGUUCCUCCCACCCUUGUGGAACAAAACAAAGAUCAACUCAUAGGGAUUUUGGAACGCUAUGUCCAGGAUCAGAUUCCAGGUGCGACAGUCGUGGUGGAAUCCAUUGGUGCACGGAGGUUUGGGGACGGGUACUCUGAAGAGGAUUAUACAAAGUCUGACCUCAUGGUCUAUGCGAUCGACCCGCAAACAAAUCGAGCUAUAAUGAGGAACGAACUUUUUAAGUUCCUUGAUGGCAAACUGCUGGAUAUCAAUAAAGAGUUCCAGCCGUACCUGGGACAGGGGGGACGCAUCCUGGAGAUCCGCACCCCGGACGUGGUAGCGAAUGUCAAGAAGCAGGCACAAGCCGUAGGCUACACGGAAGGUGCACUCCUCGCUCUGGCUGUCAUUAUCAUCCUCUGCUGUAUGCCGGCUAUUUUAAUUGUUAUGGUCAGCUACAGACAAUUCAAAGAGCGACAGGCUGAGUGCGCAAAGACUGCAAGAAUCCAGAUGGCCCUACCGGCAGGCAAACCAGCCAGCACCGCUGCCAACAACCUCUAUGAAGAGCUUGGCGACAGCACCAUUCUUUUUCUUCUCUACCAUUUCCAACAAAGCAGGGGAAAAAAAUCAGUCUUAGAAGAAGGAGAUCGUCAGAGAGUUAUAAGCAGCUUUGCUUCCCGUGCUAUUGAGGCUCACAAGCAAUCUAAUAUCAAUGGAUCAUUGAACAAUAAUCUCCCCAAAUCUUCAAGUAACAUUACUUUUUUAUCUGAUGAGAACCCAUUAACUACUCAAAACCCAUUGUAUGUGGAAGGUGUCACUCAGAGUCCUGCUGCUGCUGGGUUACUACGGAAAAGAAACGAUGCCCUAGAUACUCUUUCUCCUAUGCACUUAGUCUUGAGAGAUGCCUCCUUGGGAGGCAGUCACCGUGCGUGGACGGUACCAGCUCACGUUACCAAAAGACACGUGCCUGGUUCUCUGAGCAGGCCGGUUAUCAUGGACCCCAUUCAGUGGCAACAGGAAAGACUCAAAGCAGAGAAUGAAGGAACUGAAAAUCAGCCUAGCAGAGAUGAUCUUAGCAGUCCACUGUUUCAAAGAAUAAAUGGCCCCAAGUUAACUGUAAAAGAGAAGGCAAGACAAUUUGAGCAGCAGGCUUUGCAGGAAAUGAAGCAAGUGAAAUCUCCUGAUGUGAAAUCCAUCCGUUCACCAACACACAGCAGCUGUUUCCAAGAAAGAGAGAACGUGCUAGAGCAGUCUCCUAAAAGUGUGGUUGCUUCUCCUUGCCUUCGCUCUUCUCCUCUGUCCUCUCCAACACCUUGUGCUGAAGUAGUUGAGCCUGAGCCUUCCACGGUCCCCUCUGUAAUCAUCACUCACCACGACUAUCCUGAAGAACUUUCUCCUCCACCAACUCGGAAGCCAACUCCUCCGUCUUUUAGGAUAAAGAAAUCAGUUUGCCAAAGUUUUCUAGCUCCUCAGACCAAAGGAGAAGUUGCAGAAAGCAUUCCAGAUCCACCUAAAAUUCCCCCACCCCCACCUCCACUGCUGCCACCUCCACCUCCAUCCCCUCCUCUGUUGCCACCACAUCCUCCAGCUCUGCCCCCCAUGUCUCUUUCUUCAUCUCUUCUUAGCACCCAGCACCUCUCCCCUGCAAAGCAUUCAAAACCCCCUGCCAAACAGCCAGCUGUACUGCCACCGGCCCCAGUGCCAGAGCCACCUCCCCGUAGGGAGCUGAAAGGUAUUCUUAAAAACAUUCAGAAUUUAGCAGCAAUUGAAAAGUCCGUGGCCAACAUGUACAGCCAAAUAGACAAAAACCACGUUCUGCCCAAGCACAUUUCUAAGCUCAAACCAGUUGCAACACCAGAGCUGCCAACUCCAGAGGCAGUGGCUGAGCACAACCAGCAGAAUGGCAGCUUGAGCUGUGUUGUGGAGGAGCUUGAGAAACGCUUUCCAUCCCAGUCGACAGCACUGUAAUGUUUUCGUUUGGAUGUUUUCGGCAUGUUACAUUUUGAGUGAGAUGACUCUAAUGCAGCACACGGUAUCUGCCUCAGACUCUCCAGAAAUUCAGACUUUUUCCUUUUCUCCGCUGUAUAUCACUAUUUAAUCCUAAUCCCAAAAUUGAGACUUUGUCUUACCUGUUUCCUCAGAAAUUUGUAAUGUAUAAUUUUACAAGUGGUUCUCUCAACACUACAUUGUACUGCUCUAUGGCAUUGGUUCUUAGUCUUUUUUUACCAGAAAUUCUUGGGGAAAACUGUCUAUUUGUACCCAAGGAUCAGUCAUAGGUGACAGAGGGCUUGAUACUGCUUUAUGUUAAGCAGCUUCACUGUAGCUAAUACCACCAAGCAGAGCAAUUUUUCUGCAUCUGUAAUGGGAAUCUCCUGCUUUGCCCAUAAAAUGUACCACCUGGGAGGAAUCUUACUGUCAAAUAUCGGAUGUCAAAGAAAGCAAGUGUCGAUAGUAAGCAGGCUCAGCACAGUGAGCCAGAGUUAUUACAGUUAUUCAUCUUUUUAUUGCGUGGGAGAUGACGCAGUGCUCUGUUAUGCUGGCUUGCUUUCUUUCAGCUCACAUUUGCAUCUCUUAAGUCAGAAGAAGGUUUUUCUCUUGAUUUGUCAGUAAAUCCGGCUGUUUUCCCUCAUGUCACUUACAUGCCUUCCAUUGCUUUUUUUUUAUAUAUAUAUUGUAACUGCACGUUUAAAGUUUUUAUUUUGUAAAUGAUUUAACGUACAAAGCAUUUUUUUUAUUUUGCAUGUUCAUGUUGAUGUCGUCUCUCUAACUUUGAUGCUAAUUUGCCAUGAACUUCAGUUAAUACAUCUUGCUUAUCUUAAAAUGUAAUAAAGUCAUUCUGAUUAGUGUCACUAAGUGAAUGGUUUAUAAGUACUUGUAAAAAUCCAUGUAAUAUGGAUUUACUUACUGGCUUUUUUGCUCACAGUUAUCUAAAUCAGACCUUUGCAUUAAAUAUGUCAAUUAGUUUGUCCUUUGAAACAAACGGUAAGUAGAAGCAUUUUGGCAUUUAAAUGAAUGUUAGUUUGGUUCAACCUGCAAGUUUCAUUUAGUUCUUUGCCAAAAUAAAGAAUAUUCAUGUUUAAAAUGAAAAUUUUUAAAAGCAGUGGUAAAGGCAUAUAUUACAGAAUGAAGAAAAACUAAAAUUCAGUUAAAUAUCAAACGUAUAAUUCUGAGCAAAAAGGUAAUUAUUUAUCAGACUGUCUGGAGAUACUUAGCAUUUCCGUGGUGCUUGGCUUUUUCUCUUUUUUCUUUUUCCUUUUUUUUAUUUUUUUUUAAUCUGCGGUUAGGACAUGUAUGGAUGCCUCAGUCAGAAACUGCUGAAGGUAGUUUCUCUUUCUUUUUUUUUUUUUCUCAGAGCCAAACUUCAUGAUCUCCAUCAUGCAAGUUUUGACGAUGUAUUAGAAUUUUUCUAUGCAUAAUGAAGUCCUGCACUCUCCUUGGCUAGAUUGUAGUUCCAAGGCAGGUAAUGAUUAGGAACAGUACCCAAACAUGUGCAGGGAAUGAUUAUCCAUCACAGCAUUUUUACUGUAAGAGUCAAUAUAAUUUGAGAUUCACACAGGUAGAUUAGCUGCCCAUCAUGCUAAAUGGCUCUGAGUGGCGCAACUGCAGCACCAGCAGCAAACUGUCAAAGAUUAGCAGCUAUUAGAGAAACCUUUAAGAUUUAAGAGCCAGAAUUGGAAGAUGGCUUACAUGUGUACCUCCUUCUGUGUACCUCCUGUGGUCCAGGCGUGGAGGCAGUGGGACAAUUGAAAGUGUGCACAGAUGAGCAUGAGAAGUUAUCGUGCUAAGCGUAACAGAUGCUUUUGUGUAGUUCUCUACAUCACUAGUGAAAUACUAGACAAAUACAAAAUAAUUUUGCAGUGUGUAGUGUCAUACAGUAGAGUUGCAGGUGUUUAGUAAUCAGGAGAUAAACUUCAAAAAUUUUAUUCAGCUACAAUUAUCUGUAGCAUUCCUUAGGUAGAAAGGUUGGACGUCACACAAAAACUCCAUUUUAAAUAUUUCAUCCAAUCACUCUCAGAAGAGUCUGUGGGCGUCAUGAUAAUCAGCUCUUCACUAAUGAGGAGCACCUACCUUGUCUCAUUCUUUAAACACUUAUUAAGUUGGAGGGUUUAUGAAACCUAAUUUAUUUUUGUCUGUAAUUAAUGCAACCUUUGUUCUUUAGUUCGUUUCUUGAACAGCCCUUAUUAAAAAAAAAAUAAAAUUGAUUAGACUGGGAAAGAAACUAUACCAAUAGCAUGUAUUUUAACCUACGCUAGAGAGGUUCUGUCCCAUUGAAAUAUCUGGGUGCUACUAGAGCUCUGCAGCACUAGGAAGUAUGACAACCAAUACACUACUUGGCAAAAUGUUGACCAUAUACAAGCUUAUUGACCCCUCCUUGGGUUGUCUGGGUUGUCCAAUUUGGUUUAUUACUGUCAGAUGUGACCCUGGAUAUAGCCCUGGUCCUUUUACCAGCAGCUUGACUGGGUUGAGUCCUGAGCAGGAGCAGAGAUUGCAUCUGUGGAGAAUUCUUCUUGCCUUUGAACUGUCUGCAAAGCUGAAAUUAAGCAGUAAUGUAUCACUACUCAUCUCCCCUCCAAGUUCUUUUUCUCUUCAGAUUCCAGUUAUGAACUGCAGGAAACCUCCAUUUCAAGAGUUGUGGCAAACUGAUAAGCAGUUGCCUCCACUGCGUAGUAUCUGUAGUAUUUGGGUUUUAUGAUUCUUACACUUUUAAUGUGAAAACAGAUAAAAAGUAUGAAAUAGCAAAUGCCUGGUGGGAUGCCAGUAAUUGGAAAAAUAGUUGCUUUAGGCAAAUCACAGUUCCUUUAACUCAUGUUAGCAGCACAGUCCUGUGAAGGUUGCCAGUGUUUGUACAUGUAAAUUCAUUCUUGUUUCAUCUGUCAUGUUAAGCACCAAAAGUGUAUAAGUAGGUGCCAUAUUAUCCUACAUCAUCAUAGGCAUUAUGUUCUUACUUUCCAUUUUUGCAUUGAAGAUUUCUCUCUGACUGCAGUGAAGUCUAGCUGCUAAUGUCUAUCCAGAAGCAAUUCUUUCCUCAGUGGAGAGCUUUAAGUUCCUUCCUGGAAACAAAUGAUGAUGUUUUGACCUUUGGCUUUUUCUCAGAAUAGAGAUCCUUGUGCUGUAUUGAGUGAAUGGACAUUAUUUGUCUAGCUAUUUUUUUUCUUCUAAUCAUGACCACAUAAAACUGUAAGAAAAGCAUACGCAUCUCUCAAAACACAGCGUGGUACUAUUUUUAAGAAAGUUGAAUUCCAAAUUCAAUUAGAAUUCCUUAUAUUACAAUUUUAAUCUGUGAUACAAUGACUACUCAAGAACAAUUAAGAUUAAUAGGCUUACUUAUCCUCUCUGCAACACAAGACCUUCUUUUUCUGAAGAUCGCUGUAGGCGAUAGGGAAACUAAAUACAGUGUUGCUCAAGUGGGCUUUGAAAAGUCACGUAUUGUCUUGUGAUGAUAAAUCUUCAUUUCAGUUGUUCAUUAGUUUCAUAUUAUAUGGGCAACAGCAUUAAUGUAAUUCUGAUAAUCGAUUCCAUGUGUUGAAUAUUAAUAGAAAAUUUUAGAGAUGAUGAUAGUAAAGAAUAAUAAGGACUUGUACUCUGUUUUUUAUUGUUUACCCAAGUGUAAUUAAAGAAUUUCCCUAGACUGCUGUCUGCGUAGUAGGUUAAGCUCAGCAUUCUUCUGAGCAUUUAUUCUUCCCUUCUUAAAAAUAAAAUUAAAAAAUUCCAUGCCUAUCCUUAAUACCAAAUUGGUGUUUGCUAGUUCUGUAUAAACCAUUAUAAUUUUCUGGCACAAAAUGUGAAAAUACAGACCUUGAUAGAUGUAAGUGCAUUUGUCAUGCAAUGCGAAUAUCUCCAAGAAAAUGAAUUAAAACAACAAAAAAAAAAAUCCAAUGAGACCAACAGUACAAAGCCUGUGGCAAAAUAAUCAUAGAUAGCUAAAAUAAUGUAACUCCCCCCUGCUGAGCAAGUGUUAGGAAAUGUGUAAUUUUAAUAAUAAUGUGUUAAAUUACUAAUAGAAGCUUCAGGCCAAUUUCUAGCAAGUCCUUUGUGGAUAACGAAAGUCCAGAAGCAGUAGAGAAACUGUUCACUGCUUAAACACUCAGGUGAAAUAACAGAGUCUCUGUAGAUGGUGUUUGUAGGUCUGAGACAACAGAGAAGGUGACUUGGCAGGGCCUCUCUUGGAGAGAGAAAGGAAAAACCAAGCACAGCAUUUACCCUGCUCCCCUUUGCUGUGUUGCACUGGGUGCACUGGCUCUCUGGCUUGUGGGGAUUGGGGAUUUCUUCUCAUUCAUUUGCAAUCUAAAGCAAGAAAAGAUCCCAAAGACUCACUGGCCUUUCUCAUGCAAUAAUUUGUAUGUGCAGAGCAAAUCUAAAGAAAGACAUAUUUUAUAUCGUAGAUAUGUAUUUCUUUUCUUGCUAGUAAUCGCAUUAUCUUUUCAUCUCUCCAGAAAGAAUGGCAAUAUGCAUCUUUAUACAGUCUAGCAGAAGUAUACUAAUACUUUUUUUUUUUCUUUU